AUGCCUUCUCCAAAGGCUUCAGAACACCUCGUUUAUGUGCUUGCCUCGAAUGGGCUGUAUGCUUAUACAAAAUUCGCUCGUCUCGCCACUCAAGCUACAGACCUCAAAAUGAUUAACCUUGAAUGCAUGGCUGUAGCCGAUCUUUCAGGUUCUAGUGGUGUCGGCAACCGACGACGCCAUUCAAACGGUGCCCCUACUAACUUCUCCCGCUUCUUUCUCGGUGGUCUCCAACGUUCCUUACUUGAGGUAGAUGCUGGGCCUGACCGUUGGGGUACUCCGUUGCGCUCCAUAGAUGUCGGUGAAGCAGGAUGUGUCAUUUUUCGCCCCUGUACAGUUGGUCUCUGUGCAGCAAACACAAAAGGCAAGGCAAGUGAUAGUAGAGCUAUAAAAUAUAAAGAUUAA